GGUGGAAAAGAAUAGCUAGGGUGUUCUUGUUGUUCAUCAAUGGCGUUGAUGCUUGACAAUUGCGAAGGAAUAUUACUAUCUCUAGACUCCCACAAAUCAGUCCCCGCUCCGUUUCUCACCAAAACGUAUCAGCUAGUUGACGACCCCGCCACCGACCAUAUAGUCUCUUGGGGAGAAGACGACACCACCUUCGUCGUCUGGCGGCCGCCGGAGUUCGCACGUGACCUCCUCCCUAACUAUUUCAAGCACAACAACUUCUCCUCCUUCGUCCGCCAGCUCAACACUUACGGUUUUAGGAAGAUAGUGCCUGAUAGAUGGGAGUUCGCUAACGAGUUCUUCAAGAGAGGGGAGAAGCACUUGCUGUGCGAGAUCCACCGGAGAAAGACGGCUCAGCCGCCGCCUCCAUCGCCGGUCGGCCACCACCAGCAACACUUCAACUAUCCCAUCACCAGUUCGCCGCCUUUCUUCCAGUACCCGAGCCGGCUCAGCAUUUCGCCGCCGGACUCCGAUGAGCAGCUCACAACGCCCUAUACUAAUAAUAAUAAUACCAAAAAUAGCAGUUGGUGUGACUCCCCAAUAUCUGUCACUUUCUCCGCCGCCAGCGCCGGCGCUGGCGGCGGAGGGUGCUUCGGCGGCGGCUCCGUGACGGCGCUUUCGGAGGAUAACGAGCGGCUGAGGAGAAGCAACAAUAUGCUAAUGUCGGAGUUGGCUCAUAUGAGGAAGCUUUACAAUGACAUAAUUUACUUCGUUCAGAACCAUGUGAAGCCUGUAACUCCGAGCAACUCUUACCCUUCCUCUUUGCUCCAACCACCGUCUGCCGCCGCCGCUGCCGCCGCCAACCCAAUCAUUUCUUCUUCUUCUCCGAUGGCCCAAAAGCCUCUGAGUCAACUCAUCACCUAUCAUCAUCAUCAUCAACAACCCACAAACCCUAAACGCCAAGGUGGCAGUCUCAUCAAUCUCACCUCCCAAACACCACAAAUCGUUGAAGUGGCGGCGGCCGGCGAGAGUGAUCUGGGAAGAACAAAGCUGUUCGGGGUUCCUCUCCAGUCAAAGAAAAGACUCCACCCAGACAACCAAUACCCAUCUUCCACACCUCCUUCCUCCAUGGAGAUCACCAAUCACAAAGCUCGAGUACUGGCGUUGGAAAAAGAUGACUUGGGCUUGAAUCUCAAGCCCCCAUCUUCAUGUUCGUAGGACUUCCAUUAAUCCCAUUCAAGAAAGAUCAAGUUUUUUUUUUUUCUUAGUUUUAUUCUCCCUUUUCUUCCAUAUUUCCCUGAGGAGUCCAAGGAAGAGUCUCUGAUGAUGAGAUGAGACGAAUGUUUGAUUUCUUUGUGUUUGUGUGUGUAAAUAUAUGACUUUAGUAGUUGCAGUUUAUCAUCU